GUGCCCUGCCCGCCCCUUCCUUUCCUCCUCCUUCCCCCCACCCCGGCCCCCUCUCCCUCCGGCCGGGCCCCGGAGCGCCGCCGCCGUUGGGGUGUGAGUAGGGCCCGGCGCCUUGCCGGGCCGUCCCCUCGCCGGCGGGGCCAUGGCCGCGAGCGCCAAGCGGAAGCAGGAGGAGAAGCACCUGAAGCUGCUGCGGGAGAUGAGCAGCCUCCCGCCCAACCGCAAGUGCUUCGACUGCGACCAGCGCGGCCCCACCUACACCGACAUGACGGUGGGCAGUUUCGUGUGCACCUCCUGCUCCGGCAUCCUACGGGGCUUGAAUCCACCCCACAGAGUGAAGUCAAUUUCAAUGACUACUUUCACACAACAGGAAAUAGAGUUUCUGCAGAAACAUGGAAAUGAAGUGUGCAAACAGAUUUGGCUAGGCCUAUUUGAUGAUAGAUCAUCAGCAAUUCCAGACUUCAGGGAUCCACAGAAAGUAAAGGAAUUUCUACAGGAAAAAUAUGAAAAGAAAAGAUGGUAUGUUCCUCCAGAGCAAGCAAAGGUGGUGGCAUCAGUGCAUGCAUCCAUAUCGGGGUCUUCUGCUAGUAGUACAAGCAGCACACCUGAGGUGAAGCCACUCAAAUCUCUCUUGGGAGAAGCUGCACCUGCACUGCACUUAAACAAGGGCACACCUAGCCAAUCUCCUGUUGUAGCUCGAUCUCAAGGACAGCAGCAACAAGAAAAGAAACAAUUUGACCUCCUCAGUGACCUUGGCUCGGAUAUCUUUGCUGCUGCUGCUCCCCAGUCAACUGCUACAGCAAAUUUUGCUAAUUUUGCACACUUCAACAGUCAUACAGCGCAGAACUCUGCAAAUGCAGGUUUUGCAAACUUUGAUGCAUUUGGACAGUCUAAUGGCUCGAGUAAUUUUGGAGGUUUCCCCACAGCAAGGCAGUCUUUUCAGCCCCAAAAUACAGCGUUCAGAACGCUUUCAUCUAGCUGCAGUUUUGGUGAAUUUACUUCAGCUUUUCCUCUCCAGGCUGUACACAGUGGAAGUGCUGGAUCAGUGAAUGCUAACUUUGCUCACUUUGAUAACUUCCCCAAAUCCCCCAGUGCUGAUUUUGGAGCCUUCAAUGAUUCUCAGAGCAACACAACAGCAACUGCAGCCAGUAAAGCUGCAGUGAAUAAACUCAGUCUACAGUCAGCUGACAAAUAUGCAGCUCUUGCUAAUUUAGAUAAUAUCUUCAGCGCAGGGCAAGGUGGUAGUGAGCAAGGAAGUGGCUUCAGUACAGUAGUGUCAGCAUCAGCAGGUCCUGCGUUGUCAGCCCCAAAUCAGUCAAGUGCAUCUUCAGACAAGUAUGCUGCUUUAGCAGAAUUAGACAGCGUGUUCAGCUCUACAGCAACCUCUAGUAACGCGUAUACUUCCACCAGUAAAGUUAGCAGCAAUGCUUUUGGAACAGUACCCGUGGCUGCUACUGCACAGACACAGCCUGCAUCUUCGAGUGUGCCUGCUCCAUUUGGAGCAACACCUUCCACAAAUCCAUUUGUAGCUGCCCCUGUUGCCCCAGUGGUACCUUCAACAAAUCCAUUCCAGACCAAUAGCCGAGGAGCAACAGGCCUCUCGGGAGCAAUGCACUCUCACAUAUUUCCUCAGGCUCAUUUUGCAGCAACAUUUGGUACUGCAUCCGUGAGCAUGCCUGCAGGAUUUGGAACUCCUGCCUCCUACAGUCUUCUUCCUACUAGUCUUAGUGGCAACUUCCAGCAGCCCACGUUCCCAACCCAGGCAGCUUUCUCUCAACAGACUGCUUUUGCUCAGCAGCCAAAUGGAGCAAGUUUUGCUGCAUUUGGACAGGCAAAGCCUCUAGUAACUUCUUUUGGACAAGUUGCAGCUGUUGGAGUACCUAGUAACCCUUUUAUGGCUGGUGCACCAACAGGACAAUUCCCAACAGGAAGCCCAUCAACCAAUCCUUUCUUAUAGCCUUAUAGACACUUUACCCAAAAGAACUCUUACAUGGUCACAUAACAUCUCUGCGCCUCUUGCACUGUUGUCUUGUUUCACUGAUAUUAGCUUUAAACACAAAAGAAGUCUUUAAGAAGUAAAAAUAAAAGCCUGCAUUGUGUACCUUUAAGAAAAUGAAAAAUAUUAAUAAAAAAACCCAAAACAAACA